CCUCGCAUUCUGCAAGAAGUCCAGGGAUAAAUAACCUCUGCUAAGUGAUGAGGAGGAACGCACGGAGUGCCAAAGUAAUGAAGUUUUUAGUUGCCAGUUAGUACUCGUUUAUUCAGACAGCAUUGGUACCAUGGAGUAAGACUGGUAGCCCACGUUAAAAGACAAAAGCAAAGAAUACUAGUAGAGGUAAAGUUUUAGAAAAUUUUUCCAAAACAGGAAAAACAGCAAACCACAAAAAAGAAUAUAAAGGUGAACUAUAAAAGGGGCAACUAACAGUUUACAGUUCAAAUGAAGACAGGAAUAUAUCUCAGAUGGUGCCUAAUAGUACCCUGCCUUUACUUCACAUAUGUAUUUGGGGGUGAAUAUAUUGCGGGCCCUUGUGGAGGAAGAGAUUGCACUGGGUGUCAAUGUUUCCCAGCCAAAGGAUCUAGGGGUAGCCCUGGUGAAUUAGGGCCUAGGGGCCCUGUAGGGCCUCCAGGAUUUCCAGGACCAGGGGGUUUACAAGGACCAAAAGGAGAGCAUGGAGACCGAGGAGUACCUGGGCGACCUGGAGAAAUGGGCGAUAGGGGGUCUAUGGGUAUGCCAGGAUUCCAAGGAUCGGAAGGCAUUCCAGGUCAUCCUGGAUUAGAAGGACCACGUGGAAAGCCUGGACAUGAUGGCUGUAAUGGAUCGAGGGGUGACCCAGGGCCUCGAGGACAGAAUGGUUUUUCAGGAAUUGUUGGCGUACAGGGUGAUCCAGGACAGAAAGGUGAUAAAGGAGACUACGUUGUUGUGACAAUCUCUAGCAAAGGCCUUUCUGGAGACAGAGGAUUACCAGGGCCAAGAGGUGUGCCAGGUCAACAAGGAGACAUUGGUAGUGUGGGUCCUGUUGGACAACCAGGCAUAACAGGGGAUUCAGGACCAAGAGGCCCCAUGGGACCACAAGGCAUGCAGGGUGAAACACCACCCAGUGUGAAAGGACAGAAAGGGGAUAUGGGUGAGCAAGGUCUUCCAGGAGUGAAGGGUGCUUCAUUUCUCAUGGAGCCACCUCAUGGUUUUAUUAAAAAAGGAGAAAAGGGAGAUGAAGGAAUGAGAGGCGAACCUGGACCAUUUGGGUUACGUGGACUCCCUGGUCCACCUGGAUUUGGAGAGAAAGGUGAAAAAGGCAUUCCAGGAUUUCCUGGAAACAGGGGUGAUCCUGGCCUUCCUGGUCUUCCUGGCAUUGAAGGAAGGAAGGGCAGCACCAAACAUGGUAGUUCUGGACCUCCUGGAGAGAAUGGCUUACAAGGAGAGGUAGGAGAACCGGGUCUUCCAGGAGUUCCAGCUUCCUUUUGUUGUACGAAAGGUUUACAAGGGGAUCCAGGACCUCCUGGGCAUGAAGGUAUUGAUGGAGAGCCAGGGGCAAGAGGUAUACAAGGUAUCCAAGGUGCACCUGGCGAAGAUGUACAAGGCAUGGUUGGACCAAAAGGACUCCCUGGAAAUCCAGGCCUGAAAGGUAUCAAAGGUGAUCGGGGUUCACUUGCUCCAUUUCCUCAUAUACCUGGUCCUCCAGGGAUUCAAGGACCACGAGGUAUACCUGGAACUAUUGGCUUACCUGGUCUUAAAGGAGUUAAAGUUAUUAAAUGUCUUGGGCAAGGCCCCCUAGGAGAGGAUGGACCCAAAGGUGAGCGAGGAAUUCCAGGACCAAGAGGAAGGAAAGGAAUUAAAGGUGACAUGGGACAGUGCCUAUGUGGACAGAUAGUUUUGGGGCCCAAAGGAAACAUGGGGCCCCCAGGAAAUGUGGGAGAGCCGGGUAAAAUGGGACACCUUGGAAAACCUGGAGAACGAGGAGAUAAAGGUCUUCCAGGAUCUAUGGGACCAAAAGGCUUAAAGGGAAUGCAUGGUUCUAUGGGACCACCUGGAGAAAAGGGAGUAAAGGGUUCAAUGAAUAUGACCUACAGUCCAGGAGAAAAAGGGAGUCAUGGCAUCUUGGGAUUCACGGGAAUGCCAGGGCCAGAUGGAAGACCAGGAGUUCCUGGAGUACCUGGAAAGGCUGGUGAUUUUGGAUCUUUGGGAGACUCUCCAAGAACAUGUUCUGGGAGUAAAGGACUUCCAGGUCAAGCAGGAGAUACUGGAGUGAAAGGACAAAGUGGGCGUCCAGGACCAGGCUUUCCAGGCCAUCCUGGUUUAAGAGGUGCAGAAGGUGAUGAGGGCUCACCAGGCCUACCAGGUCCUACUGGUUUAAAGGGACAAAAAGGUGAGACACGGCCUUGCCGAGAGAGAGGACAACCGGGAGAUCCAGGCCCAAGCGGCCCAAAUGGUAUUCAAGGUGAAAAGGGAAAUGUGGGUUUUCCAGGCAGACCAGGACAAAAUGGCAUUGAUGGGUUCAAGGGACCACAGGGUGAAAAAGGUGUUUCAAAUGGCCCAGGACCACAAGGUCCUCGAGGUCUUCAAGGUGAUCGAGGUAAUUUAGGGGAGAGUGAAGAUGGUCUGGAAGGUCCCCAAGGGCCUUCAGGUUUUCCUGGAUCACCUGGUGAAAAAGGCACCCCUGGAAAUUUCAAUGUCGGGAUGCCUGGAUUUCCUGGUGCACCAGGAUUGCGUGGUUACACUGGUCUAAAAGGAAGUAUGGGAAAUCCGGGUCCUGUUGGCAAACCAGGACAGCCUGGAUUGCCAGGAACACGUGGAUUUAAAGGUUUUAUAGGAGAGCCUGGUCUUACUGGUCCAGAGGGCCUAGCAGGUGAUCAACCUGUUGCAUGUAAUCAAGGCCCACCUGGAAAUCUAGGGCCUGAGGGAUUUAUAGGAGUUCCAGGACCCCCAGGUGUUGAAGGUGUAAAGGGACACAAAGGAGACCCUGGACAGCCUGGCUCAUCAGUUAAAGGUCCAUGUGGAAUGCCUGGGUUACCUGGAUUGCCAGGUCCAAUGGGAAAGCAAGGACUACAAGGUGCACAAGGAAGUGAUGGUGUCCCUGGGUACUUUGGAGAGAAAGGUAUCAAAGGUCUGCCUGGAAGUGAUGGUUUUCCAGGGAGCCGAGGGCCACCAGGACCAUCGGGACAUCCUGGAAUUAAAGGACCUACUGGAGAGAAAGGCAGACAAGGGUUGAAUGGACAUAUAGGCCUGAAGGGAAUUAAAGGUGAAAAAGGACUCCAGGGCUCACCAGGGGAUGUGAAAGUGCUAUUGCCCAAAGGAGAAAAAGGCAAUAAAGGAUAUCCUGGAAUCUCUGGUUUCACAGGACCGAGAGGUGAUCAAGGUUAUCCUGGAAUUAGAGGAACAGAUGGACCUCAAGGUCCAAAUGGUGGCCCUGCAUGUCAGUCAGGUCCUCCAGGUAUCAAAGGCCAUGCAGGCCAAAACGGUUCUCAGGGUUGUCCAGGGCCCAGGGGAGUAAAUGGACUAAAUGGGAUCCCAGGACUUCCUGGAGACCAAGGUGAUGAUGGUACUCCAGGACGCCAAGGGCCAACAGGGACGCCUGGACCUGCAGGGACAAAAGGUGACCCUGGUGAUUCUAGGGGAAGGCCUGGAGAUCCUGGACUCAAAGGACAACAAGGCAAUCCUGGAUAUUCUGGAGACAAAGGUGUCCCAGGUGAACCAGGUGAUCCUGGCAGUCUCGGAGAUUCGGGUGUAGCAGGCCCCCGUGGACCUCCAGGAAGUCUAGGAGUUCCUGGCUUACCAGGUUCCCAAGGUCUACCAGGUCUGCCAGGUUAUCCAGGACAAGAUGGUCAUCUUGGACCUCCAGGAAUUCCAGGAGCUGAUGGACCCCCUGGCCGAGAAGGCCUAAAAGGUUUCCCCGGACCACCCGGAUUAAUUGGGCUGAAUGGAUUGAAAGGACAUAAAGGCAUGAAAGGAUUCCCAGGUCGUAGUGAAGAAGGACCUGCAGGACAAACUGGCAAACCUGGAUCAAAAGGAGAGAGAGGUGAACCAGGCAAUCCUGGGCCUAUAUUGGAUGGUCCUCCUGGAGCCAAGGGGCGACAGGGAUGGCCAGGGGACCAUGGCCCACCUGGACUUCCAGGACCAACAGGAGAUCCAUGUGUAUGUGGAAAGCAAGGAGAACAGGGUGAACUUGGAGUGCCAGGAAAUGACGGGCCUCGAGGUGAGAGAGGACCUCAAGGUCCAUCAGGGGACACAUUUAUGUUGAAAGGAGAGGCAGGAGAUGAUGGCUAUCCAGGCCCUCGUGGCCUUUGUGGCAUGCCUGGCCUACCAGGACCAACAGGAUAUCCAGGAAAGCCAGGAAGGCAAGGCCCCAAAGGAGAAUUUGGAAGACCUGGCCCACAGGGUCCCACAGGAAAUCGUGGGCCACCUGGUGAUCCUGGCGAAAAAGGUCCUCUGGGACAGUGUGGUGAAAUUGGAAAUAAAGGACCAAAGGGUCAAAUGGGUCCACCAGGAACAAUGGAAGAUUUUCCUUAUCCCGGUCCUGAAGGAUUAAUUGGGACAGCAGGUCCACCAGGACCACCUGGACAGAGAGGCCCUCCUGGUCUUCCAGGACAGCAAGGACCUAAAGGCUAUCCAGGUGACCAAGGUCCAGAUGGUACUCCAGGAUUUCCAGGCUCUGUUGGUUAUGUUGGAAUGAUAGGUGAUCCAGGUGAUGAUGGAGAAACUGGAGAAGUUGGUGAUAGAGGUCCUCCAGGAAUGAAUGGGCCACCAGGAGAUUUCAUCCCAACAGGGCAUGUACCAAGUGCAUUUUUACUGGUUCUUCACAGUCAGUCAGAUGUGAUACCAAUGUGUCCACAGGGAAUGCCUCUGCUAUGGAAUGGUUAUAGCCUGCUGUACAUGGAAGGACAGGAAAAAGCUCACAGCCAGGACUUGGGUCGUGCUGGUUCAUGUCUUCGGAUGUUCAAUACGAUGCCAUUCACAUAUUGCAACAUAAAUGGAGUUUGUAAUUAUGCCACUAGAAAUGACAAAACCUUCUGGUUAUCAACUGUGGCUGCUAUUCCUCCAACGGAAGUUAAUGAAGGAGCAAUAUUGCCUUAUAUAAGUAGAUGCAGUGUAUGUGAGGCCCCCUCUCCAGCUGUUGCUGUUCAUAGUCAAGAUCAUAACAUCCCACCUUGCCCAAGGGGCUGGAGAAGUCUGUGGCUGGGCUACUCCUUUUUAAUGGUAAGAACAAAAUAUUUUUCAUAG